UGAUGUCAAAAUAAAAGCGCUUUUAAAAUUUUCAAUAAGAUCGUUAUAAUUAAAUUUAAAGAAAGAGAAGCGAUUUUAAUGGAGCAUAUUCAAACAACGAAUCGAGAUGAACAAUAUCCGUUGCUUAAAGUAGAAAAUGUUGACGGCGGGGGAGACAGUAAGCCUCGACCCCAAGCUGUUCCAACUAUUGUGACGACAGGGUGGAAUGUUACUUGUACACCAAAACAGUCCUGGUUUGACAGAUGGCCGGAGUUCAUGUCUGCCUGCUGGAUGACCCUUAUAUUAUUGGCAAUAUCAUUUCUCGUAUUUUACGCUUUAGGGAUGAGUGCCUAUCGACGCCAACCAGUUGUCGUUUUCAAGUGCAACAAUUCAAAGCCAGCUAGCGAUGUAUAUUUUCAUAGCAUUAUACCAAGAUCCCAGAGUAUCUUACCAAGGUUCUCGCAAUAUCUCUCAUCCAUGGCCAUGCAAUAUCCUAAUCUGCGUUUCAAUGUUUAUUUUCUCAUUGACGAUUCGCUACCUGCGACGUUGCAGAGCGGAAAUCGUACAAGAUUCUUCAAGCAACUCGUUCCUGCAUUCCCUAGAACACUUAAAAUGAUAUUAGAACAAAGUACCAAACGAGAGAUUCGAGAUUUUCAGAGAAGAUAUCAAAACAUAAAUAUAACGAUAAUGAAUCUCAGUAAAUAUAUGACAAAAACCCCACUUCGAUACGUAUGGAGAACUAUACCUUUGUCCUAUUUACCAUUUUACGCGCGAAUUUUUUCCAUUUGGCAAAAUGGAGGUAUCGCUUUUGAUUUAUCUACUUUUAAUCAUAUUUAUAACAAUCAUCAAGAAGUUAAUCCAAAGAUUAAAGCAAUUUUAAAACAACACAAUGAUGGUAUUGAAACAGACAAAUACAUAAGCAUAUUGAAUUCAAUGGAUGUGGAAGAUGAAAGUAAAAUAUUUUCUUCGAUCAUAAAUUUGAUAAACCGUGUACUUAAUCAGACAAGUUUAUUUUUUGAUACAGAUAUUACACCGGAGGUCAAACUCGUAGACUAUACACCAUUUAUCAGAACUCAUAGAAAUAAACGAAAUACAGAGGAGGCGAAAGUACAGAAUAUAAGCUCUAACGUGAAUGGUACCAUCCAUGGAAGCAAUAUUACUGAACUUCCGAAAAUAUUGUCGAAAAAUAUUACAAAUCAAAUGAAUAUCACCACUUCAAACAACACCAAGGACACCAAUAAUUUAACAAGCCCUUUAUUACCAAAGUUAAAAGAAUUGAUGAAGUCAACAAAUGAACUUCCAACCGCCCAAAAAGUAGACUCGUCCGCUGCAUUUCCAGAAAUGUCGAUAUUUUAUUACUUUACUGUAUUUGAUGAUAUUGAUCCUCUUUACCCAUUGCCUUUUGCUCCUAUGAAAAGUGAAGCAAAUCAUAAUGAUCCUCCGAUGAAAAUCACUGAGUUCAAAAAGCUAACGAAACAGAGUAAGCCAAUGACAAAUCAUCUUUCUAUCAGUUCUGAUGGUUUAUUUGUUGCAGCGCCUCUGCGAUAUCAUCCAUUCUUAGCACAAUUACUUUCUACCGGGUGUAAAAGAGUAAACCCUAAGAUUGCCAUUGACGACACUCUUAUGAAUCAAUGUUCUGUCUUUAUAAGAGAUGACGUGUACUGUGAUAAUAUUCAUAUUAUGAAUAGCAUUUUCUAAUUACUCUAUUUCUCUUAU